AUGCCUUGGAAACCAAGAAAAUCUAGCAAAAAGCCGACAUUCGUCCUCAUAAGACCGAAAGAGCCAUCGGCCUGGCAAAAAUUCCGAGAUGAACCUUGUCUCUUCCUCGCCCGCAAGCUCUAUGCCUGGCGACCGACCAACCUCCCCCAACCGCCUGAGAACCCGGUCACUGUAGUCUGUAUCUCAAACGCCUGCCAUGAGCGACCAAAGAUACCGCCAGGUGACAUUCUGAUCCACGCAGGCGAUUUGGCAGCAGAGGGAUCGUUCGCCGACCUCCAAGACACGCUGGACUGGCUAAAAGCCCAGCCUCACCACAUUAAGAUUGCAGUGGCCGGUCGAGGUGACAAAUACCUUGACAAAAUGAAGAGGGGAAGUCGUCGCUGGAGAAAUGGACACCGCCAGAGGGCCAACUGGGGCGAUAUCAUCUAUCUGGAGCACCAGCAUGUCAUCGUGACUACUCAGAACGGACGCCAACUGCGGGUCUGUGGAAGUCCAUACUCACCGAAGACCAUUCCUCUCGCGGGCUUUCAGUACCAUCGCUCUGAUAAUUACUGGGCCGAAAUCCCCGCCAAUCUCGACAUUCUCAUCACUCACACACCACCAUACACGCAUCUUGACUCUCGCAGAGGCUGCCGACAUUUGUUGAAUAAGAUAUGGACAUAUCCUCCUCGACUGCAUGUUUUUGGUUGCGCUCGUGAGCGUCAUGGAACUGAACUUUUGUACUAUGAUGCUCUUCAGAGCGCGAUGGAGCGCAUUGAGGCUGCGGGUGGGGGUUUCUUCAAUCUUCUGAAGGUAUUCAACGGGUUCGUGAAGUCCUUCUUCCACCCCGAUAUCAAAGCCAAGACAGUGCUGGUGAAUGCAUGCACUAACGGGGGAUUGUGGGACCCCGAACGCCCACCGAUCACGGUUGUCGUGUAA